AUGGAUGCCUCUCCACUUGGCCGUAUCAAAGUGAAGCCUGAUGCAGUGUUGGGCUUCAGUGGUGCCUUGGCUUUGGGAGGUGGAUUGGCCUGGGGAACACAGGAAGUGCUCUGGACCGUCAGCCACCCUGUGGGCCAGCCACCUCAGGGGCUGGAGCUGAGGGGACGAAGAUUCUGGUUAUCAACCCUUUAUCCGGGGACUCCUGAAAGCAGCAUCAGGCAUUCACACUUCCAGUCACGUUGUGUGGAACCACCUGUCAAUGUGUCGGAGGAGUUCAGAGCCCAAAGCCUGGGACUCUGGUACUGCACUACCAAACCUGACUUGAUCUUCAAGUUGGAGCGAGGAGCAGAGCCAUGGAUGGUGGAAAAAUGCCUGAAUCAGAGCCUUUCAGGAUUGAAGCCUGAGGAAUGUAAUAAAUGUCACACUGUGUAUCCCCCCAGUGGGCCUGAUCAACUACAGGCUGGAGAGAAAUUUCAUAACACUAAGAUACCUGGAAAAUCUCUCCAGUUCUGUGAGCCUCUUAGUCAGCAUGACAAUAUCCACAUCACGAAGCAGCCAUUUGGACCCACUGCACAAGCAAAAGUCUUCACAAGGAAGAGGUUCUGUAAAUCUGAGAGGGUUCAUAUGGCAGAAAAUUAUAAUAAAUCAACUGUCACGUUUGGAAAUGCAACUCAAAUAGAAAAAGCUAUCCAUGAAAACUCUAGCAUCAAUAUGCAUCAACAAACUCACACAAGAAAGAAAUUUUAUAAGUACAUUAGGUAUGUUGAACGUGUCAUUCACCAGUCACAUCUUGCAACAAAUGAGAGACCAAAUACGAGGGAAAAACUCUACACAUGUAAACCUUGUGGAAAAUCACUCAGUUUUAAUUCACCUUAUGAAUGUAAUGACUCUGGAAAUGCCUUUGGACAAAAGUCAGUCCUCAGGAAACCUCAGCAAAUUCACACUAGGGAGAAAUAUCAUGAAUGUAGUGACUGUGGAAAAGCCUUUACAAAAAAGUCACACCUCCUAAACCAUCAGCGAAUUCACACAGGGGAGAAACCUCAUAAAUGUAAUGACUGUGGAAAAGCUUUUGCAAGAAAGUCAGACCUCAUCAUACACCAGCGAAUUCACACAGGGGAGAAACCUCAUAAAUGUAAUGACUGUGGAAAAGCCUUUGGAAGAAAGUCAUAUCUCACUGUUCACCAGAGAAUCCACACGGGGCAGAAACUUCAUGGAUGUAAUGACUGUGGAAAAGCCUUUGGACAAAAGUCAUACCUCAUCAAACACCAGCAAAUUCACACAGGGCAGAAACCUCAUAAAUGUAAUAACUGUGGAAAAGCCUUUGGACGAAAGUCAUGCCUCAUAUUACACCAGAGAAUUCACACAGGGCAGAAACCUCAUGAAUGUAAUGACUGUGGAAAAGCCUUUCUACAAAAGCCACACCUCAUCAUGCACCAGCGAAUUCACACAGGGGAGAAACCUUAUGAAUGUAAUGACUGUGGAAAAGCCUUUCUACAAAAGACACACCUCAUCAUACACCAGCGAAUUCACACAGGGGAGAAACCUCAUAAAUGUAAUGACUGUGGAAAAGCCUUUGCAAGAAAGUCACACCUAAUCAUACACCAGCGAAUUCACACAGGGGAGAAACCUCAUAAAUGUAAUGACUGUGGAAAAGCCUUUGCAAGAAAGUCAUACCUCAUCAUACACCAGCGAAUUCACACAGGGGAGAAACCUCAUAAAUGUAAUGACUGUGGAAAAGCCUUUGGACGAAAGUCAUGCCUCAUCAUACACCAGCGAAUUCACACAGGGGAGAAACCUCAUAAAUGUAAUGACUGUGGAAAAGCCUUUGGACAAAAGUCAUACCUCAUCAAACACCAGCAAAUUCACACAGGGGAGAAACCUCAUAAAUGUAAUGACUGUGGAAAAGCCUUUGCAAGAAAGUCAGACCUCAUCGUACACCAGCGAAUUCACACAGGGGAGAAACCUCAUAAAUGUAAUGACUGUGGAAAAGCCUUUGGACAAAAGUCAUACCUCAUCAAACACCAGCAAAUUCACACAGGGGAGAAACCUCAUAAAUGUAAUGACUGUGGAAAAGCCUUUGGACGAAAGUCAUGCCUCAUAUUACACCAGAGAAUUCACAUAGGGCAGAAACCUCAUGAAUGUAAUGAUGGAAAAGCUUUUACACAAAAGUCACACCUCAUCAUACACCAGCGAAUUCACACAGGGCAGAAACCUCAUGAAUGUAUUAACUGUGGAAAAGCCUUUACACAAAAGUCACACCUCAUUGUACACCAGAGAAUUUACACAGGGCAGAAACUUCAUAAAUACAUAAAUGUAAUGACUGUAGAAAAGCCUUUGGCCAUAAAUUAG